AGAGAGCAUGAUCAGGGGAGGGACAGAUAGAAGGAGAAAAAAAAAAAAUCCCAAGCAGUUUCUGUACAGUCAGCACAGAGCCCAACGUGGGGCUCGAACUCACCAAACCAUGAGAUCAUGACCUGAGCCAAAAUCAAGAUUCAGACACUUAACCGACUGAGCCACCCAGGUGCUCCUGUCUAUUGGACUUUAUUGAAGAUGCCUUGGAAUCCCGUACGUUCAAGUGUGUGACAAGCUCGUGUCUGCCCACACAGAGCAGCCUUCUGAGGGCCAAGUCCUGGGCGGGGCAGAGGAGGACACAGGAGGGAGGCAGGUGAGACACUCACUAUGGCCCAAGAUCCUGAAGUCGCCUGUAGGGCCUAGGGAAGCUCAUUUGGAAACUCAGUUGCUGAGGCAAAUCUGGAUUGCAUUAGUGGUCAGCAUGCCCUACUGUCACCUGGACCUUUCUCGUGGCUUGCUUUUUGGGACCUCAGAAUUGAGCCGGUGUCUUUCAGGUCGGCUCAGCAUGUCGGUCAGCGUCCAUGAGACCCGAAAGUCGCGGAGCAGCACGGGGUCCAUGAACAUCACCCUCUUCCACAAAGCCUCCCACCCCGACUGCGUGCUGGCCCACCUCAACACCCUGCGCAAGCACUGCAUGUUCACGGACGUCACGCUGUGGGCAGGCGACCGUGCCUUCCCCUGCCACCGCGCCGUGCUGGCCGCCUCCAGCCGCUACUUCGAGGCCAUGUUCAGCCACGGCCUGCGGGAGAGCCGGGACGACACGGUCAACUUUCAGGACAACCUGCACCCCGAGGUGCUGGAGCUGCUGCUGGACUUCGCCUACUCCUCCCGCAUCGUCAUCAACGAGGAGAACGCCGAGUCUCUGCUGGAGGCCGGUGACAUGCUGCAGUUCCACGACGUGCGGGACGCCGCCGCCGAGUUCCUGGAGAAGAACCUCUUCCCCUCCAACUGCCUGGGCAUGAUGCUCCUGUCGGACGCUCACCAGUGCCGCCGGCUGUACGAGUUCUCGUGGCGCAUGUGCCUGGUGCACUUCGAGGCGGUGCGGCAGAGCGAGGACUUCAACAGCCUGUCCAAGGACACCCUGCUGGACCUCAUCUCCAGCGACGAGCUGGAGACGGAGGACGAGCGCGUGGUCUUCGAGGCCAUCCUGCAGUGGGUGAAGCACGACCUCGAGCGGCGGAAGGUGCACCUGCCCGAGCUGCUCCGCAGUGUGCGGCUGGCCCUGCUGCCGUCCGACUGCCUCAAGGAGGCCGUCUCCGGCGAGGCCCUCCUCAUGGCUGACGAGCGUACCAGGCUCAUCGUGGACGAGGCGCUCCGCUGCAAGACCAAGAUCCUGCAGAACGACGGGGUGGUCACCAGCCCUUGCGCCCGGCCGCGCAAGGCAGGCCACACGCUGCUGAUCCUGGGGGGCCAGACCUUCAUGUGCGACAAGAUCUACCAGGUGGACCACAAGGCCAAGGAGAUCAUCCCCAAGGCGGACCUGCCCAGCCCCCGCAAGGAGUUCAGCGCCUCAGCCAUCGGCUGCAAGGUCUACGUGACCGGGGGCCGGGGCUCCGAGAAUGGGGUCUCCAAGGACGUGUGGGUGUAUGACACCGUCCACGAGGAGUGGUCCAAGGCGGCGCCCAUGCUGAUCGCCCGCUUCGGCCACGGCUCUGCCGAGCUGGAGAACUGCCUGUACGUGGUCGGGGGACACACGUCCCUGGCAGGCGUCUUCCCGGCCUCCCCGUCUGUCUCCCUGAAGCAGGUGGAGAAGUACGACCCCGGGGCUAACAAGUGGACCAUGGUGGCCCCGUUGAGGGACGGCGUCAGCAAUGCCGCGGUGGUGAGCGCCAAGCUGAAGCUGUUUGUUUUCGGGGGGACCAGCAUCCACCGAGACAUGGUGUCCAAAGUCCAGUGCUACGACCCCUCGGAGAACCGGUGGAGCAUCAAGGCCGAGUGCCCCCAGCCUUGGCGGUACACGGCGGCCGCCGUGCUGGGCAGCCAGAUCUUCAUCAUGGGCGGUGACACCGAGUUCACGGCCGCCUCCGCCUACCGCUUCGACUGUGAGACCAACCAGUGGACGCGGAUCGGAGACAUGACCGCCAAACGCAUGUCCUGCCACGCCCUGGCCUCGGGCAACAAGCUCUACGUUGUGGGGGGCUACUUCGGGACCCAGAGGUGUAAGACCCUGGACUGCUAUGACCCCACGUUGGACACGUGGAACUGCAUCACCACUGUGCCCUACUCGCUCAUCCCCACUGCCUUUGUCAGCACCUGGAAACACCUGCCUUCGUGAGGAGCGCAUGCAGGACCCAGCCAGACUCCGUGUGUCUGUCCCCACCCCGCGGCCGCAGCCCUCACCGCCAGAGUGGCCCUGACCCUGUCUGCCACUGCAGGAAGCCCGGCCCGGCCCCACACCAGCACUUGAAGUGGCCGGAAGCUGGCCCCACCGGCUCUGGGAGCAGCAUUCUCGGGGCUGUUGUGAGCUUUAGACAAGGGAAGAGAAGCUGUCUCGAGAGCCCUGUGUGUCUGCCUGAGGCCUUGGCCUCUCUGAGGUGGUUUGCAGAGGAGAGGACCUUCCAGAGGGGCGUGAACCGACCCCAGGACUCCCUCGGCCUUGGGGCAGAGACACAUCCGCAGAGUCGUGGCCUGUUGCCACAAACCCCGCUCGGGGGGCUGAGAGGAGCCCUGGGUAGGCUGGAGUGGGCGGCACCAGGCGGUCACACAGCACCAACCAAACAGCCUUUGCCUCGUCGCCCUGCUGUGACCGUAAUGUCACCCAGCACGGGGUGUGUCGGGCCUCAUGGAAGCCGGGUCCACCAGGACUGAGAGCAGAGCUACCUGGGAGAAAUGAAGACACACUGUGUAGGGGGCAGAAACCCAUAGGGUGACCUCAUGGCACCUACAGGACUUCGUUAGCAAAUGGCCCCGAGACCCCCCAGCGUUAAAGCAGAAACCCUUGUGCACCCCUCCCCAGGGUGGGGCUGUGCUCUCUGUGACCUCCCCACCUUCCUCCCAGUCAGGGCAGCUGUGACAGGUGCAGAAGGACACUCAUGCCCCAUUGCAGUGGGACUCUGGGCCCCGUGUUCUGUUGGACGAGGGUGCCCUCAGGGGCUGCCCCCCUCAGAGCCUCCCGGUCCCAAGAGGUGGCAAUGACCCCAUCAUCUCCCAACACGACCGUGCGGGCCCUUAGACCAGGAGCAGGUGUGAGCUGGGGACCCCAGGUUCACCUUAGGGCACCCACUGUGGAGCCCACCAGCAUGGAGGACAGCAAGGCCCGUGACCCUCAGCGUCCAGCUGGCCGGUUUGCUCCCUGAGCUGCAAAAGGCAAGUGUGGUCCCCGAGAGAACUGCCAGUCCUUCGCUCAUUUCUCCACCUCCCCAGCCACUGGGUCCCUCACUGACACAUCCCCAGUAUCUGGGGUUCUGGAGGGGUCAGCUUGCACCUGGUGUUCGGGCUUCUGGCUCAUCCCUUGCCAAUCCCCGGGGCACCACCGGAGGGGGAAGGGGCCUGCACCAAACCUGUGGCUUCCCCAGCCGCCUGCCAGCUGCCUGCUGUUCGCUUGGUGCUACUUGGCCGGUUCAGGACCGAGGCACCGGAGUGGGCUGAACUGGUGGUGGGGCCACAUCACAAAGCACUUGCUCUGUGUGGUCUCGCCCUGCCCCCUCACAGGACCUCUGUGCUGCCGCUGGGCCUGUGGGCAUCUCUCGGGGAGGGACCUCGGGGGCUAGGUUGCCCCCCACCCCAGAGCACCGGGCACUGGGCAUCAUCGAUCGGCUGCCACUUGGGGAAAAGCUGGAAGCGGAGUGCGUUCCCGGGUCCCUUGGAGGCCGCAGGCCCUUCCGCAGCAGAGGCUGGCCUCCUUUGCUCCGGGAGGCAGCUCCACCAGGGAGGCCAGGAAGGCGGGUGGCGGGGAAGCCGCCCGCCAGAGGCCCCGGGCUGCAGGACGGCCAAGGUGGAGUGACCACACUUCGCGCACAGCACAGCGGGCCUUGCAGUGGUGUGUCCCCCGAGUUGUGUUCCUUCUGUUUCUAACUUAAUAAAAGAGCUGAGAAAAAUCUUGAAA